AUCUUUCAGAGUAGCUUCCCUUUAAUGAAGGAUUAUGGGAUAUCAUAAUGUUGACAAACUAGGAAGACAAAACAAGUGGAUUUUAUUAAUGACAAAUAAUGAGAAAUAAGCUUGUGACCUGAACAGAUAAACUGGCUGAGAAAUAAUGUAGAAGAAUGCACAAAGCUCUGAAGAUGGCAACCAAAAGUUGUGUCCCUCACAAGUUCCGCACAGAAAACUCGGACGAAGAAGUUAACCAAGAAGUUCCGUCAAACGCUUCAAACUACUUGGGAGCCACCAGCAUUCAAAAGCAGCCUACUUUUCGAAAUUCCAGACAAGCCCCUGAUCCAACAUGGAAGUCCCCCCGUAAUUCGGCAGUUCUUUCCACUCCCUUGCCAACGUUGGACGCUAGCAAAGAAUAUAACUGGCAGGCUGGAAUGACCAACAUUCGGGAGAAGAACGCAGUAAUGUUGCAGAACCCACUCAUGGCUGAUGUGCAUUUCACGGUUGGUUGUGGGAAAAACAAGCAGCAUAUUCCAGCACAUCGAUAUGUACUUGCGACUGGGAGCUCUGUGUUUUACGCCAUGUUUUAUGGUGGACUGGCAGACCAAAAUGAUGAGGUGUGCUUACCUGAUGUGGAGCCCAUUGCAUUUCACAAUCUUCUCAAAUACUUGUACUGUGACGAAAUUCAGCUGUCCGCAGAUAAUGUAAUUCCCACGCUGUAUGUAGCCAAGAAAUACAUCGUCCCCCAUCUAGCUCGGGCAUGUGUGCAAUUUCUUGAGACCAGUCUUAGUGCAAGGAACGCUUGCAUGCUCUUGUGCCAGGGGCGCUUGUUUGAAGAGCAGGAACUAAUGCAGCAGUGCUGGGAAGUCAUAGAUGCGCAGGCUGAGGAAUCUCUAGCCUCUGAUGGCUUUGUGGACAUUGACUUCAGCACCAUGGAAAGUGUGUUGCUUAGAGAAACAUUGAAUGCCAAGGAGGUGUCUGUGUUCAAUGCCGUGUGCAAAUGGGCUGAAGCGGAAUGCAGGCGCAGGGACAUGGAACCUUCCAUGGAGAACAAGCGCUCUGUUCUUGGAGAGGCUUUUUACCUGAUAAGAAUACCUUCCAUGUCACUGGAUGACUUUGCCAAUGGUCCUGCUCAGUCGGGAAUGCUGACAGCGCAAGAGACUACCAAUAUUUUUCUUUAUUUUACGGCUAAUAAUAAACCAGAGCUUCCGUUCAAGCGGAAAGGCAGAUCAGGCUUGAUGCCAUUUAAGUGCCACAGGUUCCAGUCUUCGGCCUACCGCAGCAACCAAUGGCGAUAUCGUGGCAGGUGCGACAGCAUUCAGUUCGCUGUUGAUCGACGGGUCUUCAUAGCCGGGUUCGGAUUUUAUGGUUCAAGUAACGGUGCUAUGCAGUAUCAGGUGAAAGUCGAACUGAAAAAGGAAGGGACACUUCUUGGACAAGCGAUUACAAGUUUUUUCUCUGAUGGUUCCAGCAACACAUUUCCAGUACUGUUUGACAAUCCCAUACAGAUAGAGCCAGAUGUGUUCUACACUGCCAGUGCGGUGCUAGACGGGCCCGAGCUCAGCUACUUUGGCCAGGAAGGCAUGUCGGAGAUGCAGUGUGGCAAGGUCACAUUCCAGUUCCAGUGCUCCUCUGACAGUACUAACGGCACAGGAGUGCAAGGGGGUCAGAUUCCCGAAAUCAUCUUCUACUGCUAACACGUGCUUUUUACUGACCAUCCGACAUUCAUGCAUCAUAUGUGUAUUUUCUUCACUAUGCAUCACUUUGCAUGUUAUCUAACAACUCAAUGAUUUGUAGAAGGAAACUAGGUGUUAGAUACAGUUGUGCUUUUCAUGACUUGCAAGGUUUAUUAGCUAUCCUCAGUUAGAUUUUUUGACUACUUAUUAGAUCUUUAUUAAUAAUUGAAUUCAAAAUUAUAAAUUUAAUGUAAACAUUUUUAGUAAGAUAACUUUAUAGGAAUAAUAGCCAUAAGUUAUAAAUCAAUAACAAUAACAGCGUUUUUUAAACUUAAUUCCAAUCAAAUCGCCAAGCUGCACAUGCCUGCCUGAUGAUCACUCAACUGCAUCUUUCAGAUCAAGUGUGGGACUUUCUUUUCAUUUUGAAAAGCAGUUGCAUUAAAAUAUGACUUACUUGUGUGUAUUGAAUGGAUUAUCAUAAUAAAAUGUACGUUAGUGUUGGAAUAUAUCAGAGGGGGUAAUAAAGUGACAAACAACAGGAUGGUGACGUCCUUGCCGAAACAGUUAUUUUUCGCCUUUUUAUAUCCUUUAUUAAUUGUUGAUAUGCCGCUCUGACACUUUCCAGCAAUAUCAGGAAGAGUUUUUGUGUUUAUUUCGUAAUUAUAUUCGCUCUUUAUCUCAACCUUACUCGCUGCUACUUUUCUGCUACUUUUCUUAGUGGGACUUAUACUUAUGUGACCCGCUAAGAAAUUUCCCAGCCAGUUAAGUCGAGAUAAUAGAGUGAAUAUUAAUAUGGUUUAAACGCCUAUCACUUUCUUGCCGAUAUGGCUGGAAACAGAGCAGGAUUUGUACAAUUAAUAAAAGUAAUACAGGUUAUAAAACUGUGAAAAUACCUGUUUAGCAUGGACAUGGCCGUCUUGUUUGUCAAGUGAUUAUCCCCUUUGAAUAUAGCUCGAAUGAUCCGUUUAGAUUGCAUUUAAAAUUUUAGUAAAUACGUAAAAUGUUUUUUUAUGUAAAAACUGGAAUAACACCAUGGUUUAAGUCGUGUAUUGAACCAUUUGCAGAUUAAGAACAGUGUCAAUGACCUACACAAAUUGAAGGGUAACUUAUUUGGUGAAAAAGUUGUUUCUUUGUUAGUUUAUGUAUCAAUUUAUCAAUGUCUAUCAAAAAAUAAUUGCCUGCUUAUACUAUUUUGUUUAAUGUUUAAAAAAGGGAAAAAAGGAUAGCGCUAAAUACAGUAUGUUACCAGCAGACUUUCAACUUGUCAUGUAAGCAAACAUGUUUUUGUUUUGCUUUAGUGAAAAAAGAAUUUGAAAUAAAGUUUCAAUGAAACCAUAAA